UCUCCCAGGAUGACUGUCUCUCUGGGCAACCUCCAUGUGGUGGAAAAGUCCCGGAACUUAACGGCGGAUGACUGCUUCAACUCUCGGAGCACCGUCCUGCAGGGGCAGCCCUUUGGGGGUAUCCCCACCGUGCUGUUCCUCAAUGUCAUCUUGUGGGUGGUCAUCGUCUUGGUUUACUCCUUCCUCCGGAAAGCCGCGUGGGACUACGGGCGCCUGGCUCUGCUGAUACACAAUGACAGCCUGACCUCGCUGAUCUAUGGGGAGCAGAGUGAGAAGACGUCCCCCUCGGAUAUUUCCUUAGAGAUGGAGCACAGGGACAAGGGCUUCUAUUCCUGGUUUUUCAACACCAUCACCAUGAAGAACGAAGAUCUGAUUAGCAAGUGUGGAGAUGAUGCCCGUAUCUACAUCAUGUUCCAGUAUCAUCUCAUCAUCUUUGUGCUCAUCCUCUGCAUCCCCUCCUUGGGCAUCAUUUUGCCCAUCAACUACACUGGAAAUGUUCUGGACCGGAAUAGUCACUUUGGUCGGACCACCAUUGUCAAUGUCUCCACAGAGAGUAAGUUCCUGUGGCUGCAUGGCUUCUUCGCUUUCUUAUACUUCAUCACCAACCUCUUCUUCAUGACUCAUCACUGCCUAGGGUUUGUGCCCAAGAAGAGCUACAAGGUCACAAGGACACUGAUGAUCACCUAUGUCCCCACGGACAUCCAAGACCCAGAAAUCAUCAUUAAGCAUUUUCAUGAGGCCUAUCCAGGAUGCGUAGUGACCAGAGUCCACUUCUGCUAUGACGUCAGGACCCUGAUCGACUUGGACGAUCAGAGGCGCCAUGCGAUGCGGGGCCGGCUCUAUUACACUGCCAAGGCCAAGAAGAAGGGGAAGGUGAUGAUCAAGAUCCACCCCUGCUCCCGGCUGUGCUUCUGCAAGUGCUGGGCUUGCUUCAAAGAGGUAGACGCGGAGCAGUAUUACAGUGAGCUGGAGGAGCAGCUGACUGAUGAGUUCAACGCUGAGCUCAACCGCGUCCGGCUGAAGCGUCUGGACCUGAUCUUUGUCACCUUCCAGGACUCCAGGAUGACGAAGCACAUCCUGGAGGAUUACAAGUUCAUCCACUGUGGUGUGUCCCCCCAGCAGUCCUCGGUGACCACCAUCGUCAAAUCCUACCACUGGAGGGUUGUCCUUGCCCCACACCCCAAAGACAUCAUUUGGAAACACCUGUCCGUCCGCCGCUUCCAUUGGUGGGCCCGCUUUAUUGCGAUCAACACUUUCCUCUUCUUCCUCUUCUUCUUCCUCACCACGCCUGCCAUCAUCAUCAACACCAUCGACAUGUACAACGUCACCCGCCCCAUCGAGAAGCUGCAGAGCCCCAUCGUGACCCAGUUCUUCCCCUCCCUGUUGCUCUGGGCCUUUACAGUCAUAAUGCCUCUGAUCGUCUACCUCUCCGCCUUCCUUGAAGCCCACUGGACCAGAUCAAGUCAGAAUCUGAUCAUAGUACACAAGUGCUACAUCUUUCUGGUGUUCAUGGUGGUCAUUCUGCCCUCUAUGGGACUGACCAGUUUGGACGUCUUUUUCCGCUGGCUCUUUGACAUCUACUAUCUGGAACAGGCAUCCAUCAGGUUCCAGUGUGUGUUCCUGCCAGACAAUGGUGCCUUCUUUGUCAACUACGUGAUCACGUCAGCUUUGAUUGGCACAGGCAUGGAGCUCUUGCGCCUGGGGUCACUCUUCCUGUACACCAUCCGCCUCUUCUUCUCCAGGUCGGAGCCAGAGAGAGUCCACAUCAGAAUGAACCAGGCCAUGGACUUCCAGUACGGGCGCGAGUACGCGUGGAUGUUAAACGUCUUCAGCGUGGUGAUGGCCUACAGCAUCACCUGCCCCAUCAUUGUCCCUUUUGGGCUGCUCUACCUGUGCGUGAAGCACGUCACGGACCGCUACAACAUGUACUACUCCUACGCACCCACCAAGCUCAACGAGCAGAUCCACAUGGCCGCCGUCCACCAGGCUGUCUUUGCACCGCUCCUGGGUCUGUUCUGGAUGCUCUUCUUCUCCAUCCUGCGAUUAGGGCCACUACACGCCAUCACUUUCUUUUCCCUGUCCACGCUUAUUGUUUCCAUAAUAAUGGCCUGCGUUGGCACUUUUCUGGGGAAACUUCGGAAAGCGUCUGACUAUGAGCCCGAGGAGGAGAUGGAGACGGUGUUCGACCUGGAGCCCAGCAGCACGUCCUCCACGCCAACUUCCCUUCUGUAUGUGGCCACCGUGCUGCAAGAGCCAGAGAUGAACCUGACCCCCGCCUCCUCCCCAGCCCGGCACACCUAUGGCACCAUGAACAGACAGCCGGAAGAGGGAGAAGAGGAGAGCGGUGUGAGGGGCUUUGCAAGGGAGCUGGACGCGGCCGAGUUCCAGGAAGGGCUGGAACUGGAGGGCCAGAGCCAGUACCACUGA